UAAAAUGAUCAAAAUUGAUCUUAAUGAACACAGUUCUACGCAUUAUUGAACAAGUUUAGAACAUAUCGCAACAAAAACAAACGACAUAUGAUGAAAAUUGUACUUCAAACCGUGUGCGCAUGCUUGGUCAUGCAAGUGGCUCUUGCUGUCAAGGGUAAUGAACCUGAGCCAGUAUGUGAUGCCGUCUGCCCAAUCGAUAAUCCCAUCACGGACAAUGUUCUCCUGAAAUACGACCCUGACUGUGGAUAUUAUUGCCAUUGUGCAAACAAUGGAAACUGGAAGCAACCUUGCCCUCCCGGUCUUGAGUUCAAUGAGAAAUUAGAGGCAUGUGACUGGCCAUCAAGCGCAAACUGUACCCCCAAUACUGGUAGUGUCAGUUCAACCACGUCAGAACCUGAUUCCACUACCAGUGAACCUGCUUCCUCUACCAGUGGACCCAGUUCCUCUACCAGUGGACCUAUUUCCUCCACAACCGGAUCAUCCGGUCCUACUGACGGCUGCGAUACACCCUGUGGGCCAAAUGAUUGCAGCUCAUCUUCCAAUAGUCUUGACUGUCAGAAGUAUUGCGUUUGCAGUCAUGGUACCACAACGGUUAAGGAGUGUUCACCAGGUUUAUGGUACAACCCGGUCACCAAUACCUGCGACUAUGAGGCAAAUGUAAACUGCCCCCUAACUACCACCGCUGCACCUAAUACUGAUACUACCCCUGAAGCUACUAGCAACUCUACCCCUGAAAGUAGUACCGAAACCUCCUCUGAACCUAAUACCGACACUACCCCUGAAGCUACUAGCAACUCUACCCCUGAAAGUAGUUCCGAAACGUCCUCUGAACCAAAUACCGACACUACCCCUGAACCUACUAGCAACUCUACCCCUGAAAGUAGUACCGAAACCUCCUCUGAACCUAAUACCGACACUACCCCUGAAGCUACUAGCAACUCUACCCCUGAAAGUAGUUCCGAAACCUCCUCUGAACCUAAUACCGACACUACCCCUGAAGCUACUAGCAACUCUACCCCUGAAACUAGUUCCGAAACUACCACUGAGGAAGCAAGUACAGAAUCGACUUCAGCCGCAUCUACCAACCUUUGCGAUGCAGUCUGUCCAGAUGUGUUCCCCGUUGUUGAUAACAACCAUCGGCAAUACCCUGGAGAUUGUACCAAGUUCUGUCACUGUGCUAAUGACGGAAAUCAUGUGAAGGACUGCCCAUCUGGCUUGGAAUUCAACCAGCGUCUUGAGGUAUGCGACCACGCCUGGGCUGCCGGCUGCACUGAAUAAAUGUUAAAGUUGUAAACUUUUAAAUAAACAUCACCGCCUUUGCACAAUUACAAUAA